AUGGCUUCGCGACCAGCAUUCGCAGCUCUUGGCUGCUUGCAGUGUCGUGGCCGCGUUCUGAGGGCCAUCACCGCAAACUCCAACCAGAUUCUGCGAGCCCCAGCACUUGCGACAGCUGUGCCCCUUCGACCUCACAAUCUGCGCCGGGCUUUCUCGACGUUGCCGCCAGACGCACCCAAGCCCACCACCGAAUCAGGCACGGAAGAGCCGGCUUCCACGACUCCCGAAGCCGCUCCUUCUACUCACGAAGGCGUCGAAGAGAGCAAAGCCUCCGAAGAUACGCCAUGGUUCCUGCAAGUCGACCCUCCAACGCACGCCCCAGCCCAGCAUGUGUCGCCCCUUCCCGAACUACCUGAAUCGCCCCCCGCCAUUCUUGAGCCGCUUAUGAAGUACGUGUACGAAGAGAUGGGCCUUGACGAAUUGUCUCUACUCGACCUGCGCGCAAUGGACCCCCCUCCUGCCCUCGGCCCGAACCUCUUGAUGCUUUUCGCGACGGCUCGAAGCGAACGACAUCUCCACGUCUCGUCCUCUCGCUUGGUCAAAUGGCUGCGACACACGCACCGUAUAGAGUCAAACGCAGACGGCCUCAUUGGGCCUGGCGAGCUCAAGACCAAGCUCCGCAGAAUGAGAAGGAAGGCAAAGCUGUUGGGCUCUAGUGCCACGAUCACCCCGGGCGGCGACGACGGUAUCUCCACGGGAUGGAUCUGUGUCAAUCUUGGAACACUUGGUGCAAAAUACGGGGAGGGUGCGCAUUUUGAUGCGGAGGGCAACAUGUCAGGUUUUGGCGCCCCUGUCAGUGGCACUACCAUUGUUGUGCAGGUCAUGACCGACGCACGGCGGAAGGAACUGGAUCUGGAGCGCCUAUGGAGCCAGCAGCUCAUUCGCAGCGAGGUCCAGACUCAAGCGCUGGCCGAAGGUGCCAAGUUCCAGCAUCGCUUUGGCCAGCUUCCGCCUACAACUGAUCGCUCAGCCAAGGGCAACUCUGCUAUGCCCCAGCAAAAACGUCUGUUCUCUACAUCCUUGAACAGGACGAUGCCAUAUGCAGCGGAGCCGACCACGAGCCCACCUGCUCGUAGGUCCCGCGCUGCGAAGCCCAUGGCUAAGGAACAGUCCACUCCUGCGACACUUACCGAGAUUCGCCAGUACCUUGAUUCGAUUCGCUGGGAAGGCAUUAGGGUCGAUAGAGAAAAAUGUCUGCACCUUCUGGAGCUCAUCUUUCGAGCGCCCUCUACGGAGCAUAACCACUCUCAGAUCCAGGCUGAUCUCGCCACAGAACUGAUCACCACGAUGAGCGAACGGGGCAUCCCGAUUAUGGAGCCAGAUGUCAUCAGCGUCAUUAUCGAAUCGAUCGCAGUCUCUGGAGCGCGCGGAGAAAAGAUCGAAGCCAUCCAAUCCAACUUGGAAAUGGUCUUACUCCAAGCCACAUCGUCCUGUCCAACCCCAGCGGACGCCAUGCGACUUAUGAGAGCCUACCUCAUCCAAGGCAACUGGGACAAGCUCUGGGACACAUGGUAUACUCUGCCGAGAUACAGCCAACGCCGUGGACCGGAGAUGUAUGAGUUCUUCUUUCAGCAGACGGCCGAGACGGGAGACAAGCUCAGGUGCAUCGAAGUGCUUAGGAAAUGCGCGGAGGAGAUGUUGACGGAGGAGCCACCGGUCCUGCCAACAGACGCAGUAUGGCAGGCUGUCAGAAAAUGCAUCAGAGUCGCCGAUCCUGCGGCCGAAGCCGUUGCGAAGAACAUUCAGACGAUGGGUGCCACGAGUGCAAGCAAAGUCAACAGUCUGGAGUUUGUCAAAAUCUGGCAGCAACUUGACAGCAUUCGACAAAGUCUCUAA